AUGGCUUCCGGUGGUGACCAUGGAGGGCAGGCCGCUAAUCAGACAGGAGAUCGAUCUGCGUCCGAAAGGGGUGGUAACAAUGCCAGUCAUGGUGGCCGCCGGGGGGAGUUUGCGGGUGGCUAUGGAGGUGGCUCGGGCCAAUACGGUGGUGGUUUUGGCAGCGGUAGAGAAAAUUUCAGCGGCAAUGCUGGGUUCAAUGAUCUUGGCUUUAGUCUCGGCAGAGGUUUUGGAGGUGGUGGCGGCUUUAAUGGUGGACAUAGCGGACAGGCUUUCAACCCUGGCUACGGGGGCUAUGGCCCGGGCUAUGGCGGCAGGCAACGUGACCGAGGUGCUCCGCAUGGGCAUGGGCGACGUGUUGCCUCUCUGCACCGCGGAUUUGGUGGCCUACAGUACUUCGACCGCGGCGGUCACCAUGUUCCACCACAGCUGUCGGUGCAGGAACAUGAGGUGCAAAUCGCUUCUAGGUCGAUGGAUCAGGCGGCCGCUAACCACCCAAACCCUCCAUCGGUGUCUGCUACACUCUCGCAGCAGCUGAACCAACAACAGGGGCAUUCUUUGCCUCAUGUGACGCUGGUUGUAGGGAUCAAUGAUGUAGCAAAGGCACCAACGGGAACUGUGUUUGCUCCAGUUUCUCAUGACCACAAGGAAGAUCGUGCGAUGGUGUUGAUAGAGAGUUCCAACGUGCCUGCUAUGACCAAGAUUGAAGGGGAUGGUGGACAGAAACGAGCUGCAAAUGUGGAGGCUAGGAUAGCAAAAAAUAAGUAA